AUGUCAAUGGCUGGCCAUUUAUCCACCGACCAAAUAGCCGAGGCUAAGGAAGCGUUCUCGAUGUUCGAUAGAGAAUCUGAGGGAGAGAUUCCUGUGGAGGAGCUUUCGACGGUGUUGAGGUCUCUGGGAUAUAACUGCACAGCUGCGACACUCCAACAGAUGAUUAUUGACGCCGAUCCUGAGGAGACCGGAAAGGUCCGUUCGUUACCUUCACUACGCCACGAAAUUAUGGUCGCUGUUCAGAUUUCGGAAAACACUUUUCUCCGUCAAGUUUCUCGAGCUGAGCACGAGUCAAUUCAAAGCUCGGCGACGGCCGCUCAACUGGAGGGACUUCGGGACGGUACUCGCUUUUUCUUCGAUGGCAAAUCUCCGGGAGAUAUCAUCAAGUUGAAUGAGAUGGGAGACGACUCCAUACCGAGCGACGGCCUUUUAUAUGUGUUGAAAAACAUUGGAGAGAAGCUCAGUGAUGAGGAGGCAGCUGAGCUCGGUCGGGAGAUCCGUCAGCAGGAACAGCAGCAGGCUAAGUUGGAGCAGUCUACGGCGAAACGAAAUUCAGCGAUGCAAGGCAGCGUUCAUUUCAAAGAUGUCCUCAAGGCUCUCGGUGUGGCACCUAAGGCGCCGGCCAAGGCCGCUGAAUCAGCUGCAGUAUAA